AUGGCCGUGGCAAAUACAGAAGACCGCUAUUUUUGGAUUAGUAACGUCCAUUAUCUUGAGAAUAGAGCUUAUCAUACCUUGCUUUCCACUAUUCUCUGGAUCAAAACAAGACUCCACGCAACAGCCAACGUUUCUAUAGAGUUUGAAAAGGUAUGGGUCUGGUAAGUCCAAGUCACAUAGGAUGAUGCAACCAGCAUUACAGCCACACGCCGGUGUCGAGGCGAUUGUACCAAUUCGUGAAGAGCCCAGUCCUCCAACACAAAACUCAGGGCAAACAUCAAGACCCGUAGAGUCCAGAAGACUGCGAUCGGUGGUAUUUCCCCAUCAUUUCCAUUUCCUAUCCAUAGCCAUCGCAGGAGGAGCAUCGGCAGACCAUAAACAGGCCAUAA